AUGGCCAGUUUGGUUCCAAAUGUCUGGGCAGCCAUUCUCAUUCCCGUGCCUGCGUCCGUCGCGGCCGUCAUCCUGCGCCUCAAGGCCAGGCGGAUGACGCGCAUGGGCAUGGGCCGCGACGAUUGCUUCGCCGUGGCCGCCCUGUCGACCUUGGUCCUGUGGACGAGCGAGGUCUUGUACUCUUGGGCCAUCUUUUGCGCCAAGACAGCCGUCCUGUGCUUCUUCCUCCGCGUCUUUCGAUUCUCCUCCAUCCGCGUCCCCAUCAUGAUUCUCAUCACGCUGUGUUCUAUCUGGAUCACUAUACGCACCUUCUUCACCCUAUUGCGCUGCAGGCCGAUCCAGGCAUUCUGGGUGCAAAAUAUCCAAGGCGCCACGUGUUUCACCAAUGUGCGUGCCUAUUACCUCGCCACCGAUGUCUCCCACUCGUCGAUGGAUUUCAUCAUCCUGGCCCUCCCCAUAUAUGAAGUCUCGAGAAUGAAGCUCCCGUUUGGCCAAAAGAUUGCUGUAGUCGGCCUCUUUGCCACCGGAUCUCUGUACGUCUCUUGCAGCCAUGCUUUUGCCUCAUCAGCCCCGCAACUUGCUCAUCUGUGGUCCUUGUGUGUUCUUAUGGUGGCGGUGUUCUGGGUUUCACCUAAUGAAUCCUCGGCUAAGCUGGCCAUCCUGACUCUGUGUCUGGGACGCCCUUGA